ACAUCAACCAAAACACAUUAUGUUGACCUGCAUAUAUGCUGCCUGUAAAAUAGAAGAAAAUCAUGUGUCAGCUGAGGAGCUUGGUAAGGGGAUAUCACAGGAUCAUCAAAUGAUUCUCAAUAAUGAGAUGAUAGUUUAUCAGAGUUUGGAAUUUGAUCUUAUUGUGUAUGCACCAUAUCGCUCAGUUGAAGGUUUUAUAAAUGAUAUGGAGGAAUUCUUUAAUGCUGGUGAUAACCAGCUUGAAAUGCUCAAGACUUUGCAAGAGACAGCAAGAUUUGAAGUUGAUAAAAUGAUGCUUACAGAUGCACCACUUUUAUUUCCUCCUGGGCAGUUGGCCUUGGCUGCUUUACGCAACUCAAAUGCACUCCACAGAGUCAUUGACUUUGAUAGUUAUCUUAGGGGUAUUUUUUCCCGUGAGAAUUCCAUGCAUACAAUGUCCGAGCUUUCUGAAUCACUGGAUGCAAUUGAUUCUUGGGUUAGAAAAUACAAAAGUCCUUCUGAGAAGGAAUUGAAGCAUAUCAACCGAAAACUAAAGUCUUGUUGGGGUCAUCACUCUCAUGACGAGGGCAAGAAGCGGGAGAAGAAAUCAAAGCACAAGUCCAAAAAGAGCUCAAAUGAAGCUCAAAAUAUGCCAUCUAUUGCCUAGCUCAUUUCAUAUGGAUGGCAAUUUUUUUUUGUUUCUAUUUGGAUACAAAAAAUGACUCGGUCAGUGGCCAAAGGAAAAGGAAUCUUUUGAAAACUCCUUCCGCUGGCUUACUAGUGAGUCUGAUUUUGUUGCUUCACUUAUGUCUUCUUUGUUCCCCAAUGAACUUAUUGCCUGAAAAUGCUUCGAUUAAAAAUUCCAUGCUCGUGGUGUUUUUAUUUUGCUUAUUUUGCCCUUGCCACAUUUCACUUCUACAAAUAUUUCUGUUUAAACUA